AUGCGGACGACAUUGGCUGUUCUUGCUGAAGCGGCGUGCCCGGUUUCUGUUCAUUUUCGAAAAUCGACAUCAUCAAUUCCGACCAAAAAGUUUAGCGAAAUACCAGGACCUCGCGAGAUUCCGUUUAUUGGAUCCAUCGAUAAUUUGCCUUUUAUUCUUGCAACUGAUGCAUCGAUAAUUGAAAAAUACUCGAAUCAUUUGCUUAGUUUGUAUACCAAAUAUGGAAAUAUCGUCAAAGAGAAUUUGGGCUUCGGUCGAAAAUAUGUUGUUCAUAUUUUUGAUCCAGUUGACGUGCAGAAGGUAUUAAGUGCCGAUGGAAAAACUCCAUUUAUUGUACCACUUCAAGAAACUACGCUGAAAUAUCGAGAAAUGAAGGGGAUGAACCCAGGACUUGGCAAUUUAAAUGGUGGUGAAUGGUAUCGGUUGAGAUCUGCAAUUCAACAAGCUAUGAUGAGACCGCAAUCGGUCCAAACUUAUUUGCCAUUUUCUAACAAAGUUUCCAACGACUUGGUCGAUCACGUACAAAAAUUACAAUCGGAAAAGGGAUUUGUGGAUAUGCAAAAAGUUGCGGGAAGAUGGUCCCUAGAAUCUGCCGGUCAAAUAUUAUUCGAAAAAUCGCUCGGCGCUUUUUCGACAAAUUCCAAAUGGGCAGAUGAUUUGAUUUCGCUAAAUAAAGAAAUUUUCCAAUUGUCUGCAAAAAUGCGAUUGGGUCUUCCUUUAUUUCGAAUAUUUUCAACGCCUUCUUGGAAGAAAAUGGUGGCUUUGGAGGAUAAGUUUUAUGGCGAAGUAGACAAAUUGAUGGAUAACGCACUUGAUUCGCUAACAUCGAACAUUUCCGAGAAUGCAAAAAAUGAAAUGCGAUUUGCAAGUUAUUUAAUCAAUCGAAAAGAGCUUAAUAGAAAUGACAUCAAAGUUAUUCUCCUAUCGAUGUUUUCUGAUGGUCUUAGCACGACGGCUCCAAUGUUAAUCUAUAACUUGUUCAAUUUAGCAAAGAACCCUGAGAUUCAAAAAGAGCUUCGCGAGGAAAUACGAUCUGGUAAUAGUAAAUCGCCGUUUCUUCGAGCCUGCAUAAAGGAAACGUUUCGUCUUUUUCCAAUUGGAACAGAAAUUUCGAGGAUUUCACAACGCGACCUUGUUUUGAGCGGAUAUGAAAUCCCUUCUGGAACUGCUAUAGAUAUUAAUACGAACAUUAUAAUGAGACAUCCUGCAAUUUUCGCAGACUCUCCAAUGGAAUACAAGCCAUCAAGGCUUCGUCUGACGCUAAUCCCGCGCCAUCGAUAUCCGUUCUUUGAUUUGCUGGCUUUUUUUACACUCAAUCUGUCGUUGGAAAUUUCAAAUAAAGCUGUCAUAACCGAAAUUCUGGUAUCAAAAGGAGGACAUCACGUUCUUCUCAUCGGUCCACACGCCAUAUAUGUUAUUCGAAUUAACCCAGAACUAUUGAUUACGAAUUCAGAUCGGCUGUCUUCAGAAUAUUUUUGCAGCUGUUUUUCCUUGCACGAAAGCCUUCUUGUUAAAAAAUCGACUUAUACUGUGGUGCAAGUACGAUAUUUGCCAGAAAAAAUCGAUGGUUCCUCUUUCAUUGCUGUAUUGUUUUCUGAUGAUUGUAUCCGGUUCUAUGAUUUGAACAACAGCGUUGAUUCAACAAUUUUGCGUGUCGAUUUCCGGCAAUUGUUGUUCGAUGAAAAUGACUCAAAGCUCAAUAACACUCUCGGUCUUCACAAAUCACUUGUUUCAUUUGAUUUGAAACGUGCAAUCGAUUCGUCUGUUACAUUAAUUGCUGUCGAUUCGGAAGCGGAAUUCUAUGGAUCAAUUGUUUAUUAUUCAUGCUUCACUGAAGGGGUUGCUCCAAUGACAGGACGAAUUGGAAAUGUCGAUGACGCUCUUGCCAAUGACCCAAUUUCAAUCAAAUUUAUAAAUACCGCCAACGAGAAGGUGGCUAGUGUUUUGGCUUUACUUUCUAGUGGAAAUGUAAUUUCCCAUUUGGUUGCAAUUCCCGAUGAAUUCGGAUGGUUUGAGCUGCUUCUCCAAGAUCAAAUUAAAAUUCCGACAAAAAUUGGAUGCGCAAUGUUUGUUGAAAACAAUUACGAUUCCAGAUACUGCGCAUCUGAAGAAACUGUCGUCUACGAAUUGGUUAGCAUGGCGGAUGCUGAUAUUCAAAACACAAAAACAUUGAAGUCAGUUUCGAUCUCUUUGUUGAUCCAGGAAGAUGAGAAUGAAGAUGAUGAUUGGGAGUAUGUCGAGACGAAUGAAGUUAUGCAUCUGAUUGUUUCUCAGGGAAUUAACGAAACAUUGUCUCACAUUUAUGCCAUUUCCUCAUUUAUCGCUGAAGGAUCGAAAACAGAAGAGAACAGAAACGUGCCGAAGGGAAAAUCAGAGUUGGAAGCAAAGUCGAAUAAUACGAAAGCUGCUAUUGAGCAAGCUUUGAGCCAAAACAAACCACUUUCCGCCUGCAUAAUAAGCGAGGAUCUCGCCAUUCCUGAUGCAAUCGACGUCGCUCUUGCUUACUUUGAACAAGUUCAGAAAAAGAUUGAAAUGCAGAAAAGACUGGCUCAACUUGCUUUAGAGAGAUGCGUCAAUUUGCAUUCUACCGCCCAAAUGUUUGGAGAAACACAACAAACUAUUGACGAUCAACUCGUUCAAGAGACAAAGAACGUGGAAGAUUUGAAAUUAGCCAUGUUCGAAUUGAAGAAUAAAGCAACAUCUGUUAGAAAACAGAUCAACGUGUUGAUUUCUCGUGUCGAAGACAAUGUUCCUCUCAGUAAAGCAGAACUUCGAAUCUUCGAUCGUCUACAACAUCAUCAGAAUUGUUUGAGUCAAAUGUCGAUUCAGAUACCGAAGAUAACACUCGAAGUGAAUGAGCAGAAGCGUGUUGCAACUACACAAGCAUUGCGAAAAAAUGCGAGCCAGCCAAACAAAUUUGCAAAUGUUGAAAAGAAGUAA